GAACACAGAGAAUUUCUACCACAUUAUAUAUCUUCCUCAAGUUUUUCCAAACCGAAAUAUUAGGAAAAUCCAAGAGGUUUUUUGUGAAUAGCUUCCCGGGAAACAUUGAAAAGCGGAGGUAGAGUAAUUCAGAAUCAAAGUCCAACUAUUUUCCUUCUUCUUCUUCCUCCUCCAAAUCUUCCUCAACACGUACUCUGUGUUGCUGUGUAUGAAAAAUAACAGAGAAAGUGAGAAACCUUCACUCUCCAGACUCCAGUGUUUAUGGUUGUGAGCUUUGAAAUAUGAGGGAGAAGCUUGAUACGUAUUCUCCCGUUGGAGUUCUUGAGGACUUCUUUAAGAGCUCAGAUUCUGAGAGCCCGACCAGAGAGCCUAAUCUGGAUUUUGAAAGCCCUCAAAAAUCAAAGGCGAAUUCCAGGUGGCAUGGACUUGUUCAAUUGCUGAGAACCAAAUCCAAGAGGUCUUUGGCUCCAAUGCAUCCUCUGUUGAAACUCUCGAAGAAAAUGAGCAGCAGUAUGAGGGAGAUUAUAACGCCAAAACUUGUAUCAGAUUCCGAAUACCCUUUCAAGUCACCAUGGAAAAACUUUUCCAUUCAUGAGCUCCAAGCUGCAACGAAGAAUUUCAGCCAAGAAAAUAUGAUUGGAAAGGGAGGUUAUGCUGAGGUUUACAAGGGUUGUUUAGCAAAUGGACAAUUUGUGGCAAUCAAACGGCUAACCAGGGGAACGCCGGAGGAGAUUACCGGCGACUUUUUGUCGGAGAUUGGAAUCAUGGCACAUGUGAAUCAUCCCAAUACUGCAAAGUUGAUUGGUUAUGGUGUUGAAGGAGGGAUGCACUUGGUUCUUGAAUUGUCUCCACAAGGAAGCUUAGCUUCUGUGCUUUAUGGUUCAAAGGUGAAGCUUGAAUGGGGGGUCAGGUACAAAAUUGCAUUAGGUGCAGCUAAGGGUUUACAAUAUCUUCAUGAGGGUUGUCUGAGAAGGAUCAUCCACAGAGAUAUUAAGGCUGCAAAUAUUUUGCUCACCGAGGAAUUUGAGGCCAAGAUCUGUGACUUUGGUCUUGCAAAGUGGCUGCCAGAGAGUUGGACUCACCACACUAUUUCAAAAUUUGAAGGCACAUUUGGCUACCUCGCUCCUGAGUUCUUACUGCACGGUAUAGUAGAUGAGAAAACCGAUGUUUUUGCCUUUGGUGUGCUGCUGUUGGAACUAGUCACCGGGCGCCGAGCUCUAGAUUACUCCCAACAAAGCCUUGUGUUAUGGGCAAAACCUUUGCUGAAGAAGAAUGAUAUCAGAGAAUUAGUCGAUCCUUCUCUAGCCAAUGACUACAACCCUCAACAGAUGAAUCUUGUUUUGUUGGCUGCUUCCUUGUGCAUACAACGAUCCUCAAUACGACGGCCUAGUAUGAAUCAGGUGUUACUACUUUUGAAUGGCGAUCUUUGCUGCUUGAAGUACAUGAAGAAAAGCCGAAUGCCAUUUUUCCGAAAGGCAUUUCGAGAAGACAUCGUCAACAACAUUGAAGACCCUUAACACGCAAACAGAUAACUAAAGAUCAGCAUGAUCACAACGAAAAGGGAAUCAAUGUGUUCCCAACCUGUGUACAUUUCUUAUACGAGUUUCAGAGAACAAAAAGGAAAUGUUGUUUUCCAAUCCUUGUACAGACUCCAAUACAAAAUUACAAUCAAAGAAAUGAAUACGACUGAUAAAUGAUGGGCAAGGCAAGGAAGCAGGGUGCACGUACUGCACUAAAUGCAGAGAAUCAUCAACAUUAAACAGAGUCGUUUCGGCAAACUCUUGUUCUGACGUUGACGGUGGCACACGAAUCGAGACUGAUGCCGUGAAUCAACCAAAGUCGUCAGCUUCUCUGAUCUCUGACGCCAACGCCCUUCUGUACUUCCGUUACCUUUAUCCAAAUGCACAGUCAUUGUCGAUCAUUUGUAAUUUUGUAUGCGUUAUCUUUUACCAUUUUAUUUCUUCAGUUUUUGUGGUUGAGAGUUUAAUCACCCAUGUAAAUGUCUUAAAGCCAUGUCAUCUAUGAGACUAUGAUCCUUUUAGAUGGAUUAUAUAAUUUCAUUACCUGAUAGCCCCAGCUGCUGAAGUUAAGUUAGUCGAUCUUAAUUACAAAUGA